AUGGCUGUUCACCAGAUCGGAGAGGGCGGCCUGGUCAUGUACUGGGUCACCUUCGGUUUGAUGGCCUUCAGCGCCCUUGCAUUCGCGGUCAUGACUUUCACCAGACCGCUCAACAAGAGGAGCCACGGAUAUAUCACGCUGGCCAUCGUCACCAUCGCAGCCAUUGCAUACUACGCAAUGGCGGCCAGCGGCGGCAAGGCGCUGGUAUCCAACCCGGACGGCAACCUGCGUGACAUCUACUACGCGCGAUACAUCGACUGGUUUUUCACCACUCCUCUGCUGCUUCUGGACAUCAUUCUCCUGACCGGCAUCCCCAUCGGCGUCACCCUCUGGAUUGUGCUUGCUGACGUGGCGAUGAUCAUGCUGGGCCUCUUUGGCGCGCUGUCCACCAACAGCUACCGCUGGGGUUACUACGGCGUCUCCUGCGCAUUCUUCUUCGUCGUUCUCUGGGGCCUCUUCUUCCCGGGAGCCAAGGGCGCCCGCGCUCGCGGCGGCCAGGUGCCCGGGCUGUACUUUGGACUGGCGGGCUACUUGGCGCUGCUGUGGUUUGGUUACCCCAUCGUGUGGGGUCUGGCAGAGGGAUCAGACUACAUCUCUGUCACUGCUGAGGCUGCUUCAUAUGCUGGGCUGGACAUUGCUGCCAAGGUGGUGUUUGGCUGGGCAGUAAUGCUGUCUCACCCCCUCAUUGCCCGCAACCAGACUGACGGGAGCCUGCUAAUCAACUCCACGAAUGACCCCUUCGUUGCCAGCACCACACACAUUCCAGAGCGCCAAGGCGGCAUUUUUGGAGGUCUUAUGGGCAAGAAGCGCGGAGCUGGCACCCCUCUGGCAACCAACGAAGGAGUCCCUCGCAAGGCUGCCCCAACGGCUGCCACUACAACUGCUGGCAACCCUGCCACUGCUGCAGAAGUCUGA